UCCGCUUCCGGAGUGAUGGGCGAUAAGCACGUUUUGCAAACACCGGGGCUGGUUGGUUGAAGGCGUAGUGUUGCUAAAGAUGAAUGUUGUAAUUUUAACAAGGCUUCAACAUGCAUGAUCGACUUGGGUGCAUAGCGUUAAUACCUUAACUCGUGUGUAGUUGCCGCUGUUGAGCUUUCCGGCGCCUUUGCCAAACCCCUACGAGAAGACAUGCCGGCGUUUUCUAAGCUCAAAACGGCAGUAACCACACUAUUUACCAAGCACCUGUUUGCUACGAACGUCGUUCUCGGCACAGGCUUCAUGAUGAUCGGUGACACGAUGCAACAGACCUACGAAAUAUACGCUGGAAAAGCGAAAGAACUUGACACGAAGAGAUCAAAGAAUAUGCUGAUUGUCGGCGGUACGUUCGGUGUUUGCGGUCACAAGUGGUACUCAUUCCUGGACCGCAAGUUUCCCGGGAAGACGCUAGGGAUGGUUGGACGCAAGCUGCUAUGCGAAUUCGCCAUCUGCCCUCCGCUUGCAUUCAUCCUUUUUGUCGGCGUGGGUGCUCUGAACAGCAAGCCCUUCCAGCACAGCGUCACUGAAUUCAAGAAAAACAUCGUCCUCUUUUGCAUCGCUGACUGGGGCUGCUUCGUUCCAGCCCAGGCUCUCAACUUUUUCUUCUUACCUCCACGCUACCGGUUCCUUUACGUCUGUGGCCUCACAGUGGUCUACGACAUCUUCCUCUCAUUCAUCCUUCAUAGGGAUUCUCAUGAAGAAGAUGAAGUCAAGAGUUGAUGGCAUUAUGUCUUGGUCAACUCGGGUGCUGUCCAUGUGGCAAUACAGCAUAUAUAGCAUUUGUAUAUAGCGAUAGUACAUAACGUUUUUAAGCUGAUUGUUAUUUCCAGCACCUGUAGGUGUAGCGCCUUAUAUAUUUUUCUUCACCAUGUCCUUGACAAGCACAACUUGAUAUAACGAAUGGGCGAAAUCCAAAGUGGAGUGCAUAAGAAGUUAGUGUCACAAACGGUUCAAAUCAAGCAGGAACAUAAUGGAAAAAUAGGCGCGCUGCGAUUCAGUGUUAGCAUUUAGAUAUACGGUCAAUUUCCAUCGACGCCGUACGCUUCUAAGCGGCAUGAGCUAAUAGCUGUACCAUUAAAACGCUGUACUGUAUGUUGACUGUGCUAGGAUGACAACUUACGUUUGUUCUUCUGCCGUAAAAGUUUUGACGUAAUUAAAAAGCUAAUAAAAAACAAUAAAAGA